AUGACUGGAUUUAUGGCAUCGACUUGGUUACAAGGCUACCCUUAUCAUUUCCUUCCUAUUCCUGUCCUUCAUCAGUUGCCUUUCCCAUAUGAGAUGUAUACAGUGUUUUUAAUUAUCGGUAUUACCUUUGGAUGCUUAACGAUCAUUGCCUUGAUACCAGUAGUGCAUUGCGGAGGUGAAGAAGCAGAAAACUCUAUCGCUUAUCGAGAUGAAAAAAUAUUGAAAUAUACAGAAAGAGAAUUUAUUUUUCGAUUAUCUUGGUAUGUAGGCAAACUGAGUAAAACACUACGGCAAUUAACCCAGAACGUCUGCGACAUUCAAACAUGGUGGAAAUUUAUUACUAUGCUCAUAGUUUUACUUUGCUGUGCCCCGUUUGCUAUCAUAAAUAAGCUAUCGUUAGAAUAUUAUGCGUUUCGUAAAGCGGAUGUGAUCACAUAUCGAUUGUGCCAAAAGUUUCAUUGCCAUAGUAAAAAAUUAUCCCAUUCUAAAGCAUUUAUCAAAGCCGCUGUUUACAUCAUUUCUGUCCUAUAUUGCUCUGUGGAAAUGUUUUUAAUAUGGUCAGUAUUGCAGUUAUUGAUUAGAAUUUUAAUUACAUCGACUGCUUUUAUUAUUGCGCAUAGUAAUUUCUUUUCAGCUUAUUUAGCUCCAAGUUUCCCUUUUAUCUAUUUUACAAGACAAGCACUGCAAGGUUAUUCCGCCGAUAAAAUAUUACUAUCUAAAAAUAUCCUUGAUUUACAAGAUGAAAUACAAUCUGAUAUAGACGAUUACUUAUCCAACGAUGAUGGACAAAUGGAAAUUUUAUUUAUCGUUACUCCUAAAGGAGUCGAGGUCGAUCUACCUAUAAGACUAGAAAAUCUUCGUGAAGUAAUACGAGCUAGAUUAGAAUUAUUAGCAAUGGAAUGCGAUACAGAAUUUCGAUACGAGCAACAAUGUAUCUUUGUAAAAUUUCAAUUAGAUAAGAUAGAUGAAAAUGGGAGUAAAAUUUAUGACGUCGAGUUUUCUAGAUUUAAUAACGAUCUAAACGACUUACGUCAAAAAAUUAUGGUAGAGUUAAGUGAUCAACAUGUAGAUGCUCUACAACUCAGUCUGAAACCGUUCUAUUAUAAUGUAAAAUCUACAUCGGAUGAGAAUACUGAAGUCGGCAUCCCGAUCGAAUUUCAUCGUUAUCUUAGCAAUCAUGCUCCAAGAUUGGCAGCUAAUUUUAGCCAAUUAAUAACUCGUGUUAUUGCUAUAGCAUGUAUAGCUGCGUGCUUUAUAACGGCUGUAGCUUCUUUUAAUAUUAUUAAUAAUAUUACUACCUUGAGUAAUACUUUAUCAGGAACAGUUAUAUCUCACGUUACUAUGAUGGCAAGUAUGGCUUACCUUACCGAUGCAGCUCUAAAUGACGAUCAAAAGCAAAACAUAUUAAAGAAAUAUAUUAUGGAUUAUAUUUUAGGAUAUAAUUUUUUCUACACUAGAGCUCUAACAAAGUGCGGUGGUGAUAACUUCUUGUCUUAUAUAAACAACGACCUUAACCAGCAAGAAGGUCAAAUUAAAAAGUAUAUAAGUUGUAGUGUAUUUGUCCGUUUCAGAACUAGUUUGAUUGAAUCAACUACCACUCAUCGCAGGAAUUAUUCAUCGAUUCUAAAAAAUGUCUUCAACUACGACAAUAUGGAUGAUUAUGAUAGUCAUUGCGUUAAUGGAUACUUCUUCGUCCCAAGGUCGAAAUCAUAG